UUUUAAAACAGUCGUGCAAAAGAUACAUUUAAAGCUAUAAGUUGGUUUAUAGAAUAAGAUAUAAUUUGACACCGAUCUACAAACCAAGAUGCUGCUGUCAUCCUCUAUUAUAUUAGACGUAAUUAUAAUUUUAACCACCUCUAUUAUCUAUAUAUAUUUCUAUAUAUCAAGAAAACAAAAAUAUUUUCAAGAAAGAGGAGUAUACACACCAAAAGUACAACCAAUAUUUGGCCAUUUCUUCAAAGUGGCUUUAAUGAAAAUAAGUUUUUCAGAAUGGUUAAAAUAUUAUUACGAUACUAUAGAUAAGCCAUUUUUUGGACUUUACGUAUUCGAUGAACCCAUUUUUGUAAUUAAAGAUGCUGAGUUGGUGAAAAAAAUAUUAAUUAAAGAUUUUAAUAAUUUUAUGGAUAGAAAUGUUGCUGCUCCUGAUCAUUCUCCUUUGACACAAAAUAUAAUGUUCUUCCAGAAAAAUCCUGCCUGGAAAAACGAUAGAUCAAAAACUUCCGUUACAUUUACUUCUGGGAGAUUAAAAAGUAUGUUUCCUGUCGUCCAAAAAACAAUGAAUCAAUUGGAGAAAUUUAUUAUUGAAAACAAAACUAUUGUCGAUGCAAAAGAAGUGGCUGCGUUGUUUAGUACUGAUCUUAUUGCCCAGUGUGCUUUUGGUAUUGAAUCUUUCUGCUUCGAUAAAGCGCCUUCGGUAUUUCGAGAAUAUGGCAGAAAAUGUUUUGAAUUUUCAGUGAGGAAUGCAUUUGCGCAGAUGAUGUAUUUUUUUAAGCCAGAUUGGGCUGCUAAAUUAAAACUAGAAUUUCUGCCCAAAGAGUCAAUGGAUUAUUUCUCAGCUGCGAUUCUUGAAACGAUGAAAUCCCGUCAAGAUACUCAUACAUUCAAUGACUUAAUAGAUAUAAUAAACGAAUUAAAAAAUAAGAAGCAACUCAGUCAAGAUGACGACAACCUAAUUGUUGGUAUACCUAUACAAUUUCUUUUGGCUGGAUAUGAAACUACCAGCACUACAAUUUCUUUUACCUUAUAUGAAUUAGCAAAAAAUGUGGAAAUUCAGAAGAAAGUAAGAGCAGAAAUAAAAAACAAGAUGAAGCAAUACGGUGGGAUAACUUACGAAACUGUUCACGAUUUGCCCUACUUGGAUAUGUGUAUUUAUGAAACCUUACGAAGGUAUCCAGUUCUUCCAUUUUUAGAUAGAAAAUGUAACACAGAUUAUUCCAUACCAAAUUCAAAUGUAGUUAUCGAGAAAGGUGUAGGAGUACUAAUUCCAGUGUACGGUUUACAGUUGGAUAAAGCAAUUUUUCCAGAUCCGUAUACAUACAAUCCUGAAAGGUUUAGAGAAAAAUUUGAUUACUCACUUGGUUCCUAUUUUGUCCCUUUUGGUGAUGGACCACGUCGAUGUGUUGGUGAGAGAUUCGGUAUGAUCAGCACGAAAACUGCGAUAAUUACUGUUCUACUAAAUAGUGAAGUCAGAGUAACCGAUAAAACUCCAGCUGUUAUUAAAAUUGAACCAAAAUGUUUUCUACUGAAUUCAGCAGAUCCGUUAUUUUUAACUUUUAGAGAUAUAAGCGACUAGAAAAGAGUAAAAUUAGGUUAUUUUUUUAUUUUAUAUAACGUACUGAAAGAUGCUACAAUAAAAACAAAACAAAUGUAACUGUGAGUAAAUAAAUCAAAGGUAUUUUCGUAUGAAGUUUU